AUGCCCGUCUUCCAAGCCAAGAAAUUCCGGCGUGCGACAACCGCCUCAUCAACCCUAGGGGAGCGAGUCGGUGCGGCAUAUAGAUCCCGUCUUCCCCGACAUCCAUUCCUACUGUUUGGCUUUCCCUUCAUCAUGAUCAUAGUCGCAGGGUCUUUCGCAUUGACACCGGCUGCCGCUUUGAGAUAUGAACGUUAUGAUCGCAAAGUAAAACAACUCAGCCAAGAGGAAGCCUUUAAUCUGGGUCUCAAGGGACCGGACGGCGAGGAAGGCAUAAAACGAAAUCCGCGAAGAAGGAUCAUUGGAGACGAACGGGAAGAAUACUACAGGCUUAUGGCGAAGGACCUUGAUGACUGGGAACAAAAACGUGUGCAGCGCUUCAAAGGUGAACCUGAUGGCAGGCUUUGA